GAAUGUUUAAGAAUCAUCUUUCUUGUGGAGAGACAAGUAUUACAGUUACUAUCAGUUUUCUUCAGGCAUAACCAUGGUCUCCGGGCACGCAAAGAAAAAACUCUCCGACAGAAAAUCGACGAGGCUUUUGAUAAAUGGGACGAUUAUAAGGAGGCCUUCGGGAAAUCAUACGAUCCGGAGGAAGAAAAUGACUUCAUGGAAGCAUUUGUUAAGAAUAUGAUUCACAUCGAGGAACACAACAAAGAACAUCGUUUGGGCAGGAAGACAUUCGAGAUGGGAGUCAAUGAAAUCGCUGAUUUACCCUUCUCACAAUAUCGAAAACUCAACGGAUACCGACAUCGUCGUCAAUAUGGCGAUUCUAUGCCAUCGAAUGGUACCAAGUUUUUGGCACCAUUCAAUGUCGAGAUCCCUAAUGAAGUUGACUGGCGCGAGAAGGGGCUCGUGACUCCAGUGAAGAAUCAAGGAAUGUGUGGAUCAUGUUGGGCAUUCUCUACUACUGGUGCACUGGAAGGACAGCAUGCACGUGCUACUGGCAAAAUGGUUUCUCUUUCUGAGCAAAAUCUUGUUGAUUGCUCGACAAAAUACGGAAACCACGGCUGCAACGGUGGUCUUAUGGAUUUGGCGUUCGAGUACAUCAAAGAGAAUCACGGUGUCGAUACCGAAGAGAGUUAUCCCUAUGUUGGAAGAGAUAUGAAGUGCCACUUCAAGAAGAGUGAUGUUGGAGCUGAUGACAAGGGUUUUGUCGAUCUUCCCGAAGGUGAUGAAGAAGCUUUGAAGGUUGCCGUUGCUACUCAAGGUCCAAUUUCGAUUGCUAUCGACGCUGGUCACAGGACAUUCCAGCUAUAUAAGAAGGGUGUUUAUUAUGACGAGGAAUGCUCUUCUGAAGAAUUGGAUCAUGGUGUUCUACUCGUAGGAUACGGUACUGAUCCUGAAGCUGUUGGGCAAAAAACUUUGGGGAGUACGAAGGGCUACAUUCGUAUUUGCUUCGCAACUCGCAACCAAUCAUUUUGCGCGUGUAAGCCAUCCUCCCCCCAGUCGUGGUCUUAA